GGGUGCCCCAGCCAAUGGGGAGGCGCCCGAGUAGCGGGCGGGUGGUGCGUGGCCGGGACCGGGCCAUGGCGACGCUGACGGCUCCUCCGCCUCGGGGGAACGCCGAGACCCGGAUGGCUCUGGUCACGGUGCCCACGCUGCUCCUGUUGCUGCCGGGCGUGGCGGGUGCAUCAUGUUGUUAUCUUGCAAAGAGUAACUUAAUGUGCCGAGAUGUUUGUGAGCAGAUUUUAACAUCAAAGAGUGAUUCUCACUUGAAACACCUUUUGCAGCGUGCACCUGAAUAUUGUCCAGAAUCAAUGGGAGACAUUUGGGGGUGCAUAAAUUCUUCUUUGCCAGGUGUUUUGAAGAAAUCUGAUGGCUGGGUUGGCUUAGGUUGCUGUGAAUUAGCCAUUGUUGUUGAAUGUCGACAGGCAUGUAAACAGGCAUCUUCAAAAAAUGGUAUAUUGAAAAUUUGCAGGAAAGAAUAUGAGAAUGCCCUGUUUAGUUGCAUCAACAGAAAUGAAAUGGGAUCAGUUUGUUGCAGUUAUGCUGGCCAUCACACCAACUGCCGGGAAUAUUGCCAAGCCAUCUUUCGAACAGAUUCUUCUCCAGGACCAUCUCAGAUAAAAGCUGUUGAGAGUUACUGUGCUUCUGUGAGCCCACAGUUGAUUCAUUGUGUGAAUAACUAUACACAGUCCUAUCCAAUGAGAAACUCAACAGAUAGCUUAUACUGCUGUGACAGAGCAGAGGAUUACACCUGCCGAACAGCUUGUAAAAGGAUUCUGAUGUCCAUGAAAACAGAACUAGAAAUUGUGGAUGCACUUAUUGAUAGCUGUAAAACACAGCCUCUUCCACAGGACCCUCUCUGGCAAUGCUUCCUGGAGAGCUCAAGAUCUGCUCACCCUGGAGUCACUCUGCAUCCUCCACCUUCAACAGGCCUAGAUGGUGCUAAAUUGCACUGCUGUUCCAAAGCAAAUACUUCAUUGUGUAGAGAUUUAUGCACCAAACUUUAUAGUAGCAGCUGGGGCAACACACCAACCUGGCAUGAAUUUGACCGCAUUUGUGAAUAUAGCCCAGCUGAAGUUUCCAUGCUGACCUGUUUAGCAGAUGUACGCGAACCUUGUCAGCUGGGCUGUAGAAAUCUAUCUUACUGCACUAAUUUUAACAACAGGCCAACUGAACUUUUCAGGAGUUGCAAUGCCCAGUCAGAUCAAGGAGCCAUGAAUGACAUGAAACUUUGGGAAAAAGGAAGCAUCAAGAUGCCAUUUAUAAAUAUUCCUGUUCUUGAUAUUAAAAAAUGCCAGCCAGAAAUGUGGAAGGCAAUUGCUUGUUCUUUGCAGAUUAAACCUUGCCAUAGUAAAUCUAGAGGAAGCAUUAUUUGCAAAUCAGAUUGUGUGGAAAUUCUCAAGAAAUGUGGAGACUUGAGCAAAUUUCCUGAGGGACACAUGGCUGAAAGCAUUUGCGAACUUCUGUCUCCAACAGAUGACUUGGAGACUUGCAUACCCCUAGAUAGAUAUCUUCGUCCAAGUACUCUAGGUAACAUUGUGGAAGAUGUUACACACCCUUGUAAUCCAAAUCCUUGUGCUGCCAAUGAAUUAUGUGAAGUAAACAGAAAGGGUUGCCAGCCUGGCGAACCUUGUCUUCCUUAUUUUUGUGUGCAGGGCUGCAAGCUGGGUGAAGCUUCUGAUUUUAUAGUUCGCCAAGGUACACUCAUACAGGUUCCAUCCUCCUCAGGAGAUGUUGGUUGCUAUAAAAUUUGCACAUGUGGUCAAAGUGGAUUGUUAGAAAACUGUAUGGAAAUGCAUUGUGUUGACCACCAGAAGUCAUGUAUUGUUGGAGGGCAAAGAAAAAGCCAUGGAACAUCUUUUAAGAUAGAUUGCAAUGUCUGUAUAUGUUUUGCUGGGAGUUUGAUAUGCUCCGUCCGUCAGUGUCUAAAUGAAUACAGCUCAGAUGAUGAGCGUCACAUGUUUACAGGUCUACCAUGUAACUGUGCUGACCAGUUUGUGUCAGUGUGCGGGCAGAAUGGACGCACCUAUCCAAGUGCCUGCAUAGCACGUUGUGUUGGGCUUCAGGACAAUCAAUUUGAAUUUGGAUCUUGCAUAUCCAAGGAUCCUUGCAACCCUAAUCCCUGCCUAAAAAAUCAAAGAUGUAUACCAAAGCCACAAGUUUGCUUAACCAGUUUUGAGAAGUUUGGAUGUAAUCAAUAUGAAUGUGUGCCCAGACAAUUCAGUUGCGGUGACCAGUUGCGAGAUCCUGUUUGUGACACAGAUAAUAUAGAAUAUAGCAAUCUGUGCACUCUGCACCAAAAAGGGAAAAGUAUAUCAUAUAGAGGCCCAUGUCAGUCUUUUUGCAAAUCAGUAGAUUUGGUAUGUGGCCAUAAUGGUGAAACGUACAGCAAUGUAUGUGCUGCCUAUUCUGAUCGUGUGGCUGUAGAUUACAAUGGACCAUGUCAAGCUGUAGGAGUCCUUUCUGACUACAGUUCUCAAGGAGAAUGUGUUUCUGUUACUUGCCCUCGUCUUCCAGUCACUGGAUACAAACCAGUUAUCCCACCAGGAGCUUGCUGUCCUCUGUAUGCAGGAAUGCUGAGGGUUUUGUAUGAUAAAGAAAAACUGGAUAUCUUUGCCAGGGUGACCAACAAAAGACCAAUCACGGUACUAGAAAUACUUCAGAAGAUCCGUCUUCAUGUUUCUGUACCUCAGUGUGAUGUGUUUGGAUACUUCAGCAUAGAAUCUGAAAUUGUGAUUCUAAUCAUACCUGUUGAUCAAAAUCCCAAGCCUCUUCAGAUUGAAGCCUGCAAUAAAGAAGCAGAAAAGAUAGAAUCACUGAUCAACUCCGACAGUCCUGCCUUAGCAUCCCAUGUGCCACUCUCAGCACUUAUAGCAGCUCAGGUGGAAAUUUCUUUUAAGAUUUCUUCUUCAUGUAGUCAAAUGAUGGGAGCACUUCAUUCGCUUUUCUGGACCUUAGUGCUCACGUUCUCAGUCAUGUUAUGUAACAUGUAGUAGCCACAAAAAGUGUAAUUGCUCAAGUGAGUUUUUGCAUUUGAUUUGCGAAAGACAUUCAGAACUGCCAAUGUUAAUGUAACAUUAACUUUAUAUCUAAGGGCAUAAAACAUGGCCAGAAUGUUGUACACAAUGCCAGCAAAAAUGUUUUUCAUGACAGUAUUAGUGUAUAAUGCAAUAUCAUCUUAAUUGUAAUUUAAAAUAUAUAAUAGGCAGAAAUGCACAGCUUACUCUGGAGACAGUUUUUCAGGGUAGAAGGUGGCUGUUAUGUUUGUUGUAUAUACACUUGUUUUUUCAACUCUUUAUUCUUUGUGCAGAAGAUUUGGAAGUUUAGUGUUUCAAAAAGCUAACUGGCUGAGGAUGGCAACAGGAUAAAAGAACUGAACAUAACAAACACUGGUAUCUCUAGCAUACUACUUUAUCUCUGGGAAAGGAUUUUUUUUCUUGUGUCUCAAGCUUUAAGCUGCAGUUAAAUACACAAGAGUCAAAACAGUUUUAUCAGCCUAACUGUGCACGGUUACGUGGCAGUCCUUCUGAGCUCAUGCUUAACUUUCCUGUGCCAUUCCAUACAUCAAAACAUGCAGUUCUUAAUGCACUUAGGCCUGAUGUAUCCAAAGAUAGUUAUGCAUAAAGAGAUGUUGGACCCAGCUAGGACAGUAUGGGAAAAAUUAUAUAUGGGAGUCUUAGAUAGGAUAUAAGAAUAUGCAUUCUUGCUUUAUAUGAAAAAAAAAGGAUGAAAAUGUUGGUGCUAUUCAGUGAUAGCUCAGAGUGCACAUUACCACCAAUUCACACCAACAUCCCCAUGUGUAGGCUGACCUACCUACACACACAGUGGCUUCCUGAGCUUACCUGAGGAAAGAAGGAUAUAUCCAGGAUAUAGAUUUCCAUAUGCAGACCAUCUGUUCUGCCUGCCAGUUCUUACUGUGAAGGCAAAAAAUUGCUGGAUUAAAGUGAUUGUUCUCAUUUCCUCAAAUGAGGAAAUUGCUGUGGAAAUAAUUUUUAUAUUCAGCAAUAGACACAUAUUUUAUAAGAUUAUUACAAAGUAUUAUUUUUAUAUUACUUAGAGGUAUAUCAUUCAGAAAGCUAAACAUAUGCCUAUUUUUGACCAUCAAUUUCUGUCAGAAACAAAGUGCUGCUACUUAACUAAUUUACCAAAAAUGAAUUGAAUAGCUGACUUUUCAUGUAAAUACAUGAUGGCUGAAAUCCUGCUGUAAAACUCGGCACCUGAAGAAGGAUGAGGACAACCUUGGCUAUGGGGGUGAUUUUCCAUAAUUAAAAAUCUAUUUCUAUUGUGCAGCUCUUCCAACUCCCAUGGAUAGAAGGGGGAAGUUUUUGAUUAUCAUUAAUGGCUGAUGCUGGGUGACAUUACCAGCUGCAGGAAAUUUUCAGUAAACGAAGAUUUCUUGCUUCUGUCCUGCAGCUCCCAGGGUUUUCUCCAUGAUAUCACCCUUCUUCAGGCUCAAGUUACACAUGAGGAUUUUAGCUGAUAUAUUUUUAUUGUGAAGAAUAAGCCAUAGCCUGAUUCUGCAGAUAAUUACAUGUUAUUGUAAAUUCACAUGUGUUCAAAAGCAUUUGCAGAAUAUUGCCACCUUGCAUUGUCAAUCACAUUUCAAGCUGAUACCUUUUUGAAAUAAGAAAUGUAUGCAAUGUACAAGUUGAUGAUGCAAAUAGUUUACUCCGACUUACUUGUAGAAGUAAUGUGAUGAAGAAUGUUAAGCUAUUUAUACACGUCAUUCUAGUUACAACAGUAUUUCCUUAUUAUUGAAAUGUACAUUCCUAGUGUUAAUAUUUUAUUCAGAACAUAUAUUUAAAAGAUGUAGGGCCCAAUGCAGCAAGGGGUUCUCUUGUAUAAACUCUGUCAAUGAAGUGUUGAAGAGCACAGGAAUGAUCUUGUACAGCUCCCAUUCACUUAAAUUGGAUUUGCAUAGGAGACCUCCUUGUUUAUUGUUCCCUAUAGUUUUGUGCACCUGAACUUUAUCUACAUGAAGUAUUUUGUAUCAGUAUUAUGAUAAUUAACUUUCGAAGUAUACGUAGGUAGCAUCAUUUUUGCCAAAUCGUUGAACUUGAAAAGAAGGCAAUGAAUAUUAAUUUCAAUAUUGGUGUUGUUGUCAAGUGUUUUGUGGCAAGUGUUUGCUUUGAUUUUUGCAAAAACAAAAAGAAUGUUUGCAAUGCAAUAUAAAAGCUUUUAUUUUAAUAAAAUAUUUUUAUGUU